AGCCGUAUAUUUGCACAGCAUGUGGGAGGGGUUUCAGACGGAGUUGUCACUUGGAAAGCCAUAUAAGACGCACCCACUUUGGUGAGAGACCGUACCUUUGCAACACGUGCGGGAAAAGAUUCAGUGUCAUGUCAUCAUUAAAAGAGCAUCAGAGAGUUCACACAGGUGAGAGGCCAUAUACUUGCACAACAUGUGGGAAAGCUUUCGCAAAGAAAGGUAAUUUGACAGCCCACAUUACUGGCACCCACUUAGGCGAAAAGUUGCAUACGUGCACAACGUGUGGGAAGUCCUUCGCACAGAGUAGUACCUUGAAUGUCCACAUAAGACGCGUCCACACGGGUGAGAGGCCGCACCUUUGCAAGAUCUGUCAGGAAAGAUUCAUUUCUCGGACAACAUUGAGAUUGCAUCAGAGAGUUCACACAGGUGAGAGGCCGUAUAUUUGCACAACAUGUGGGAAAGCUUUCCCACUCAAUGGUAACUUGACAGUCCACAUUAGACGUGUCCACACUGGUGAGAGGCCGUACCUGUGCAAGAUCUGUCAGAAAAGAUUCAUUUGUCGGUCAUCAUUGAAACUGCAUGAGAGAAUUCACACAGGUGAGAAGCCGUAUAAUUGCUCAACAUGUGGGAAAGCUUUUAGACUCAAUGGUAGCUUGUCAGUCCACAUUAGACGCGUCCACACUGGUGAAAGGCCGUACCUGUGCAAGACCUGUGGAAAAACAUUUGCUAUUAGGUCAGAAUUGACAGUGCAUCAGAGGAUUCACACAGAUGAGAAGCCGUUUAUUUGCACAACAUGUGGAAAAGCUUUUAGACAGAAUUGUACCUUGACAGCCCACAUUAGAGAUGGUCACAGUGUUGAGAGGCCGUACCUUUGCAAUAUCUGUGGGAACAGUUUCAUUAACAUGUCAGCACUGAAAAAGCAUCAGAGAAUCCAUGUUAAUGCGGAGACGUAUACUUGUACAACAUGUGGGAAAGUUUUCAGACAGAGCAAACUCUUGACAAUGCACAUACAACACAUCCACACAGAUGAGAAGCGGUACCUUUGCAAAACCUGUGGCAAAAGAUUGAGUGACAGGUCAGCAUUGAAAAAGCAUGAGAGAAUUCACACAGGUGAGAAGCCGUUUAUUUGUGCAACAUGUGGGAAAGCUUUCAGACAGAGAACUCAUUUGAGAGCCCACAUUAGACGCAUCCACACAAGUGAGAGGCCGUACGCCUGCAACAUGUGAGAAAAGAUUAAUUGUUCUGACACAGUUGAAAAAAACAUGCAACAACACACACAGAUGAGAGACCAUACACUGCAACAAGUGUGAGAAAACAUAAUGCACUACAUUUGGGGGGGGGGGG